AUGGGUAUCAACAACCCUCUUCCGUCGUCUAUGGCGUCCGAGUGCAAGAAGUGUGGCAAGAUUUUGACCUCGUUCGUCGACCCGCGACAGGCCUUCGGCCCCGACAAGAUCAUUCCUCCACAGAUUCUGGCCAACGCGAAGGGUCUCGCAAUCCUCACCGUCAUCAAGGCCGGCUUCCUCGGCUCCGCUCGUUUCGGCUCUGGUCUUGUCGUUGCUCGCCUUCCCGAUGGCUCAUGGUCCGCACCCUCGGCAAUAAUAACGGCUGGUGGUGGUUUCGGUGGUCAGAUUGGCUUCGAACUCACUGACUUUGUCUUCAUCCUGAACGAUUCACAUGCCGUCAAGACCUUCUCGCAGCAGGGCUCCAUCACACUCGGCGGAAAUGUCUCCAUAGCGGCAGGCCCCGUCGGUCGGAAUGCCGAAGCGGCGGGUGCUGCGUCGCUCAAGAGCGUGGCCGGUAUCUUCAGCUACAGCAAGACGAAGGGCCUAUUUGCGGGUGUGUCGCUGGAGGGCUCAGCUAUAGUGGAGCGGAGAGACGCCAACGAGAAGCUGUACGGCCAGCGCUUGACAGCUGCACAACUCCUCACUGGAUCCAUCAGACCACCCCCGCAAGCUGCGCCGCUGAUGACUGUCCUGAACUCUCGCAUAUUCGCCGGCGUGCGGCAAGGCAAUGUCGACGAUACCAUGUACAACGACGUUCCCGUAUACGAGGACCGCCAUGAUGAUGUAGUGUGGAAUGGCGGACGAGGAAGUGCAUAUGGCGAGGCACCUGCUGGUGGUCAAACCGACUUCGGUGCACCCAAGAGGUCUAGUACCUGGCAGGACGAUGUCUAUGAUCGCCCCGCUAGUGGUAUCAGCAGGUCAAAUACGAUGGGAUCGAGACACGACGAUGAUUACGUCUAUAGCGACCGACCUCCACCUCCUGCAGGUGGCUUUGCCGACGAGAAGAGAUCGGGCCCUGGUAGACCCGCAGCACCGAAGCCCAACUUCACCAGCAAACAAGCCAUGAUGAAGAAGAAUGAGGCUGUGGCUCUAUUCAAUUUCGAUGCGGACCAACCCGGUGAUCUUGCCUUCAAGAAGGGUGAUAUCAUUACCGUACUCAAGAAGACCGAUAGCGACAAUGACUGGUGGACGGGCAUGAUUGGCACAAAACAUGGAAUCUUCCCCAGCAACUAUGUUAAGCUGAAGGAAUAA